UAAACACUGUAGCUUCUUCUAUAUUCUAUACCUCUCUUUCUGAUUAUUAUUUUCAUUAUUAUAUUAUGUAGCUUCUGCUGUAGUAGCUGUGUGAUGAAUGUGAUAAAGUAAUGUUGUACUGAAAAAACAAAAGGAAGCAUACAGAGAGACAAGACCCUUGUAGCUGAAGUGAGCACAAUCUCUGAGGCUGCAUAUAUUAGACUCUGAAGUUUAAUUUGGGUCGGUGUCUCUCUCUCUCAAAGCAAGAUGUUGGAAAACGAUGCAGGCAGAACUUAUCCAGAGGCAUUUGAAGCCUCCAAUGGCAAAAUUCAACUCUCAGAUUCCGAUUCCUUUGAUGAUGAUGGGCGACCCAAAAGAACUGGAACUAUUUGGACUUCAAGUGCCCACAUAAUAACUGCUGUUAUUGGUUCUGGGGUGCUAUCUUUGGCUUGGGCUGUUGCUCAACUUGGUUGGGUUGCUGGUCCCGCUAUAAUGAUUUUGUUCUCUGCUGUCACUUAUUACACCUCAAUUCUUCUCGCUGCUUGUUACCGCACUGGUGACCAGCUCACUGGCAAGAGAAACUACACCUACACUCAAGCUGUCAGAUCCUACCUAGGUGGAAUGAAUGUCAAGUUUUGCGCGUUGGUUCAGUAUAUAAACCUUUUUGGAGUGGCAAUCGGGUACACUAUAGCAGCUUCCAUAAGCAUGAUGGCAGUUAAAAGGUCCAACUGUUAUCAUAAUAGCGGAGGAAAAGAUCCAUGCAAAAUGAACAGUAAUGUUUACAUGAUUUCAUUUGGAAUUGCGGAAAUUAUUUUAUCCCAAAUUCCAGAUUUCAACGAAUUGUGGUGGCUCUCUAUUGUGGCCGCUGUCAUGUCUUUCACAUACUCGAUAAUUGGACUCGGUCUUGGAAUGGCUAAAGUUAUAGAAAACGGAAUGGUUAAAGGAAGCUUAACUGGUGUAAGUAUUGGUAUUGUCUCAGAAACCCAAAAAGUUUGGAGGACAUUCCAAGCUCUCGGUAACAUAGCCUUUGCAUACUCCUACUCAAUGAUCCUUAUAGAAAUUCAGGACACAAUCAAAUCACCUCCUGAAGAGUCAAAGACAAUGUCGAAGGCUACUUUAGUGAGUGUCUAGGUGACAAGCAUUUUCUAUCUGCUAUGUGGUGGUUUUGGCUAUGCAGCUUUUGGAGAUUCAAGCCCUGGAAACCUGCUAACUGGUUUUGGCUUCUAUAACCCAUAUUGGCUCCUCGACAUAGCCAAUGUUGCCAUUGUUGUCCACCUUGUCGGUGCAUACCAAGUUUACUGCCAACCCCUGUUCCAAUUUAUUGAAAACAACGCAGCACAAAAAUUCCCCGACAAUGAUUUUCUGACCAAGGAAUUUAAGGUACCAAUCCCUGGUUUCAAACCCUUGAAGCUGAACCUCUUCCGGUUGGUCUGGAGAACAAUUUUUGUGAUCUUCUGCACUGUGAUGGCAAUGCUGCUUCCAUUCUUCAAUGACAUUGUGGGGCUCAUCGGAGCCAUUGGAUUUUGGCCACUGACUGUGUAUUUCCCUGUGGAGAUGUAUAUUGUUCAAACUAAAGUACCAAAGUGGAGCACAAAAUGGAUAUGCUUGCAGAUGCUUAGUGCUACAUGCUGCGUCAUAACAAUUAUAGCUGCAGUAGGUUCCAUCGCUGGGGUUCUUGAUGAUCUUAAAGUUUACAAGCCAUUCACCACCAGUUACUAGUUCAGUAGCAUUACUCUGUUAACAUUGUCAAAGAUUUCAUUGCUAAUUUGAAAUCUAAGGACGUGAUCUUGUUUAUUCCUCAGCGUCUCGUGUAAGAGUCCACUACUCUCUGAAUAGUAUUGACGAUGGCAUCAAGUAUGAGACCUUUCAAAAGGAUUACAGAAAAUAGGCUUGGAGUUAGAAUAAAAUUGUUGUAUUUUUUAUGUUGUUUGUAAUUGUUUUUUUUAUCGGGACUUGUGUAUGCUUCUAUUUAUUCUGUAAACAGUGACUUUCUGUACUUUAGU